AUGGCUCCCCGAAGACCGAGCAUGGCAGGCGAGAUUGACUCACGCGUGCCCUUCGCAUCGGCGGAGGCGUUGCUGUGGGGGCCAGAAAUGAAACAGCAACAUGCUCACCUUCUCACAGAGAUGCGCAAACUUCAGGAAUAUCAUGAGGCCUAUGACGCCCGGAUCAGAACUAUCGAACAUGUUGCAGAGGCCGCCGAGGCCGCGACAUCCAGGGUCCGUCAUCUGGAGCAACAACUUGCCGCAAUCGAAGCCGAAGAUAAGGACAAGGCAUUCGAGAAGUGGGCAGUGGCCGAGAUGACACGGUUGGAAAUCUUUGUAGACACAAACAAGCACGUCAGGCAGAAGCAGAUCGAGCUAGACGAUACCGUGUCUCAUGCUGUGGAGGAUCUCGACAAGCUCAGACAAGUUCCCAGAGAACUAAAGGGUGUUCUUCAACGUUUUGAUCUUCUCGAAGCUGAUCGAAACCAAGAUGCGCGUCGGAUCAAGAACUUAGAGGACGAAAUCACCCGCAUUAAGUCUAUGCAACAGGAUCCCACUUCCAAUAUCACUGGCCUACAGACAGUUUCCAGAACCCAGAAAGGCAUCAUGAGAUCUACGACACCGUCCCAGUUACUGAACGCAGAGAUCUCAGAUGUGACAACGGAAACGGACGAAGAGUUCAUACCUAUCUAUAAAGCUACACAUGGACAUAUUCAGAUAGCCGCAAGUCCAGAAAUGAGAGAGAAGUAUGAAAGUCUUCCGAAGUGGGUAUUCAUAACGAUACUAACAACGACAGCAAUCCAAACACUGUAUCCGCAUCGUCAGUAG